AUUUUAUCAAUAAAUGCGCGGUCACACUGCGAGCGCGUCUCUUAAAUUGAAAAUCGCGUCAAAAAUUUACUGAAAACGUAAAAAUUGCUUUGCCAGCUAAAUAUAAUUGUGAUAAAACGAUUCAAAUACAUUCCAAAUAAGCGGAGACACAAGGAAAACAUACGAAGAUAUUGCAACUUCGGAGCGAAAGACUAACGAUCGAGUGGCGCUUUCACCCGGAAUCGAAGAAGACGCCGACUUUGCAGAAGAGCUGAAAAAUUCGCACAUCGCAUCCCUUGCUUUGCAGCAUAUCAGCAUUCAGGCAUUCCAGCACACUUCCAAUUCAAGGUCAAGUGCGCGUCUCAGGAGGACCACAACAGUUUUUGCACAGCAAUAAAAUGAGUAAAGAUAUUUACUAUUCGGAAAAAUAUUUCGAUGAGAAAUUCGAGUAUAGACAUGUGGUCUUGCCCAAGGAGCUGGUGAAGCUGGUGCCCAAGACCCAUCUGAUGACGGAGACCGAAUGGCGAUCGAUUGGUGUGCAACAGUCGCGCGGAUGGAUCCACUAUAUGAUUCACAAGCCAGAGCCACAUAUCCUGCUUUUUCGACGGCCCAAAAUGGAGGAUUAAAGGGAGAAAACACACUCACACAUGCCAACACAUACAGUCAGCGUCUUGCAAGGGGAAGGAGGUAGCGCUCGCAUACACAAACACACAAACACACAUACGACGUCCGGCAGCUGCUGCUGGUGUCCGUGUAUUGGUGGUGGUGGAUGUGGAACCAACUGUUGCGAUCGUCACCCUGCACUUUCUCGAAUACUUCUUAUAACAAAUAUUUAUACUCUGUAACCCCUACCUGCACGUACUCCUACCCCAUAGAUACGUACACCAAAGUGGGCAUAUUUUCAUCACCUUUAUCCCAUAUAGAGGACUGGCAUAGUGGAGCACUAGCUAUACUUCUAUUUGUACUCUUUGUUUAACGCGAUCUAUAGUCUGUUUUAAAAAGCAAUUUUAACUAUUUUAGAAAGUUCUUUAAGCUCAAAAUACCACACUACCCCAUAGAUGAUAUGAAAAUCUUAGUGGCCAUUUGGAUCACUUCUUUGCCAUGGGGCAAGUCCGUUGCCUUCAGUUUGUAACCUUUUCAUAGAGGAGGGGGAUAGUGAAACACUGGAUAUAGGUUCCCACAUUCCUCUCCGUACAUUUAAAUGCAUUUUGCCAUUAGUUUAUUACCAUUUUGCAGUACGUUGGAUACGAAAAACCACUUUGCUCACAUGUAAUCUUAAAAGAAAAUCUGAUUUGUGAUCUUGAAAUUUGUUUAUCAAUAAUACAUAUACAUGUUUACACAUUCUACUUAUAAACUUGUAAUAAAUAUGUUUAAUGUAUGGAAAA